AAAAUGACGUCGUUUUCGCUUCUCAUUCCAGAUUUGAAAGCUGCAAGUGCAACUAUCCUCUCUCUGGCUCUCAUCGGCAUAUUUAAUUUCUGUGCUGGCAUAUCGGUGUUGUCCAUUGAAACACAGAGAUCAAAAACCAGAAUUAUCAAAGCAGUUCCGGAACUCGAGACCUCAAUCAAAGUUAUUUUCUUUUCAUUUCCCUGAUAAUAAAAAUCCUAAAGACCCAACUUCAAUGACUCUCUAUUUCUUAACAAUUUUAUAGGAUCAAUAAAAAAAAAAAACCUUUAAUUCUCCGCUUCUUUCUCCACUGGAUCUGCUUUCUUUCAAUAUGGUCAGUUCAAUUCAAUUACUUCAGUUUCCAUGAAAAUAUAGGGACGUUUCCCAGAAACUGUGUCUAGAAAGAGAGAGUGAGGUUAUUCAGUGAGAAAGCUGUGUUUAGGCGUUUUCUCUACUCAAAGAAGGGUGACAAAAAGGAAAAAUUCAUUUCUUUUGUUUAGUUAUAAUCAUAUAUAGCUUGAAAAUGUGAGUUACCCAUAAUUUAGAGUUGUCUUUUGUGCAUUGUUACUGUUGAAUAUAGGAAAAAAGAUCCAACUUUAGGAUUCUGUGAAUUUGAGAAGCUAAGUGUUUAAUGUAAUUGUAGUUUUAGAAAAUGGCUCCUGGUUUGUUUUUUGUGGUUCGCUUAAGAGGGAUUUUAGGGGUCAAGUUUUAAAAGAAAGUGUUCUUUUUGGUAUAUGAGUAGGAUUUGUUAAAUAUGGCAGAAAAUAGUAAAGAAAUGCGAUCAUUGGCUUUAACUCCAACAUGGUCUGUUGCAACUGUGUUGACAAUCUUUGUGGCUGUUUCUUUGAUUGUGGAGCGCUCAAUACACAGACUAAGCAAUUGGCUUCGGACAACUAAUCGGAAACCUUUGCUUGCAGCCGUGGAAAAAAUGAAAGAAGAGUUGAUGCUGCUUGGAUUCAUAUCACUCCUUCUUACAGCUACAUCAAGGACAAUAGCAAAUAUUUGCAUUCCAUCAAAGUUCUAUGAUAGUACUUUUACUCCUUGCUCUUUGUCUGAGAUUGGUGAAGAGAAGGAAGAUGAUUCUUCCCUAGGGCGUAAACUACUAAUCCUUUCUGUUCUUCGUUUCUCAUCCCGGAGAAUGCUGAAUGGCUUGGAUAGGAAUACCUGCAAAGAGGGACAUGAACCAUUUGUGUCAUAUGAAGGUCUUGAGCAGUUGCAUCGCUUCAUCUUCGUCAUGGCUGUCACACACGUAUCUUACAGUUGCUUAACAAUGCUGUUAGCUAUUGUGAAGAUUCAUAGUUGGAGGAUAUGGGAAGAAGAGGCUCAUAUGGACCACCAUGAUACAUUAACAGAAAUCACAAGAGAGGAGACCAUGAGAAGGCAAACAACCUUUGUCAGAUAUCAUGCAUCAAAUCCUUUGGCCAGGAAUAGUUUUCUUAUCUGGGUGACUUGUUUCUUUCGGCAAUUUGGGCGUUCAGUGGUACGCAUGGACUACUUAAUUCUCCGCAAGGGCUUUAUCACGAAUCACAACCUUCCAUUGAAAUAUGAUUUUCAUAGCUAUAUGAUUCGCUCCAUGGAAGAAGAAUUCCAAAGGAUAGUUGGUGUGAGUGGCCCAUUGUGGGGAUUUGUUGUUGCUUUUAUGCUGUUUAAUAUAAAAGGAUCUAAUCUCUACUUCUGGAUAGCCAUCAUUCCUAUCACCCUUGUCCUCUUGGUUGGUGCAAAACUACAGCAUGUUAUUGCAACCUUAGUGUUGGAGAAUGCAGGCAUAACUGGAUACUUUGCAGGAACAAAGUUAAAGCCUCGAGAUGAUCUUUUCUGGUUCAAGAAGCCAGAACUAUUGCUGUCCUUAAUCCAUUUUAUUCUGUUCCAGAAUGCGUUUGAGUUGGCUUCAUUCUUUUGGUUCUGGGUACCUCCUCUUCCAUUAUUGGAUUGUGGCAAUUUGGGUAUAAUUCCUGCUUUAUUAGAAACCAUUUACUGGUGUACAUACGGCUUAUCUUGGGGUUUGCUGGACAAUUCCUCUGCAGCUACAGCACCUUGCCACUUUAUGCCCUUGUUACUCAGAUGGGAACAAACUAUAAAGCGGCACUGAUCCCACAUAGGAUAAGGGAGACAAUCCAUGGAUGGGGAAAGCAAGCUAGAAGGAAGAGAAGGCAUGGGGGUUUGGCUGAUGAUGCUACAAUACAUACCGACACGAGUACAGUAUUGUCACUCGAAGAAGAUGAGCACCAAUUUCUUGAUAUUCCCACGAAUGCCAGUAAUCACAAUGAAAUCGAGAUACAGCCAGCUACUAUUACCUCAAGUAGUCCUGCUCCAUAUGCUAAUGAAUAUUCAAGUAGGGCCGGUACUCCUCUCCUUCGACCCUCAACUUCUGUUUCUUUAAAUAAGACCUCAAAUUCUUUCAAGGAAAGCGUUCCUAGAUCUUCUUCUAUGCCAACUAGAAAAGAAUGAAGCAGCUUAUAAAAUGAUGAUACUCGAGAAGACUUCCAGCGAUGGAGUUAGGUCUUAUAGGAAUUUUAUAAGAAAUGAGUGAAAAAAAAAAAAACAGAAAAACAGAGUGCUAGUAUUAGUUUGUCAGCUCAAGCAAGGUGCAUUAUUCCUUUCCUUCGCCGGUUCUUUUGCUUAUACAUAAUAUAAUCAAUGUUCAUAAGAUACUUCCAGGAUCGAAGUUGUAGCGCAAGUAACCUACUAGGGUGUCAAUACACCAGCUUUAUUACAAUGGAAUAUUUGCAGUAUUACAAUGUAACUUGGGUUUAGAAAUCAUACAAAUUCAUAAAUGUUUAUAUUUGCUGGAUUUUUAUAGAACUACUGUCAUGUAAUUUUUUAGUGGUCUUCAAUGAUAAAGUGUAACUCGGCCAUUUAUCCAAUGGAAACAAGAACCAAACUACUAUGAAAUAGCUUAUAUGCUGAAAGUAAUGCAAUGCUAACCCUCGACAAAUUUCACGUGAA